AACUCACCAUGGCAGUGCUUACCCUGUCGACGUCUUUCCUGCAAACAUAAUACAUCUUGUGUUCGAAAUGUUUUAUGCUCAGUCAGCCCUCUCUGCGACGUCCCGCUGGUUAUUCAUUGAUGCCAGCGUAGCAGCUGCACCAACGGUUCGCCAUCAUGCCGAAUGAAGUACUCCAGUGCUCAUAUCCGGCAUACCAACCCACAGAACAGCUCUUGAAAUGUCUUCAAACGAUCAAAGAAUCGAAUUGCUUCCGUCCGAAGUGGUAGCGAAACUGAAGUCUUCCACGAUCAUCACGCAUCUGAAUGGCGUGGUUGUUGAACUAGUGAAAAAUGCAUUGGAUGCAAAUGCCCAUGUCGUCUAUGUCACGGUUGACUUCCAGCGGGGUGGCUGCGUGAUAGAUGAUGAUGGGUAUGGAAUUCUACCGGCUGAGUUUGAAUCCGACAGCGGCCUGGGGAAGCCGUAUCAUACUUCGAGGCUUCACUCGGGGCGGGAGGUGUAUGGGCAGCGAGGAUCUUUCUUGGCUUCAUUGGCCUCUCUCUCGUUACUGACCAUCACGUCUCAUCAUAUCCACCAUCCUAGCACUAACACACUAAUAUUUCACCACGCAACGCCGGUUGCUCGACUGGUUCCGGCUCCAGCCUCGCGAGGGCUGAGGUUUAACAGCCAUGGGACCAGCGUUACCGUCAAUGAUCUUUUCGGAAAUAUGCCUGUGCGCGUUAAAAACCGAGCACUAGCUCUCCAGAAGCCCGACGAAGUCGAUCGUCUGUGGGAUGAACUCAGACAGCUUUUAGUCUCUCUCAUGCUGGCAAACGAUAGUCUUACAAAGCUAGUAAUAUCUGAUGCCAGUCGAGAUAAAAAGCUCGUCAUACGUCCGCGCAAUCAGAGCCAAUCAGCAGAUGGUACGUUAGAUUUGCAGCGCAUAAGCUCCGUCCUUGCGCAAGCAGGUUUAGCCGAAUUUCAAAACACUCAAUGUUGGAACGCUGUCUCGGCUACUCUUCCCGACCUCUCGAUCCAUGCUGCCAUAUCCCUGAAGCCAAGCCCCGCAAAAAAGGUUCAGUUCAUCUCGAUAGGGAUGAAUCCAAUCUAUCCACGAAACAGUGCAAACCUGCUUUAUAGCGAGAUCAACAAUUUAUUCACUUUAUCGGAUUUUGGUGCUAUGGGAGGGCCACCGAUGCCCUUUCUGCACACGGAUCUAGCCGAACCUCUUGGUGAUCAUAGUGGUGCAAAAUCCAAUCCAAUGGCCAAAACUGUAAACAAGUGGCCGGUGUUCUAUAUACGCAUAAAAACCAAUGCCCGAGAAAUUAAUGAUGGCGAUCAUUUUCCCGAGUCAGACAAAUCCAUCCAACGCAUCAUGGACGUACUUGCAGCUAUGAUAAAUGAAUUUCUAAAACAGCACGGUCUCCGCCCACGCGCAGAAAAAAGGAAAAGGAAGACGAACCAGGCACAAUUGGCCGCCCAAGACACCGGCAACCCAACGGUGGCAACAGGCCAUUCAGACAACUUCAGUACCGAAGAAACGCUCAAUGGUCAUGUUAAGCUACCCAGCUUUCCUAUUCCCACAAGGCGCAGCGGCGAGGAGUUGGGGACUUGGUCUAAAUUCAAGAGUGCCAAAGACUCUCUUAGCGCACAUUCUGGAAAGUUUAUUCCAGAGAGUGGCCCCGGUCGCUCAUUGAAAGUGGACGAACAAACUACCAUUGAAGAGUCUCCAUUGGCUAUGUCUAUGGCCAUCGAACAAUCGAAGCCUGCAGAACCGCGGCAAGAUGGAAAUGACAACCCUUCAAGGAUAUUGUACGACAAAGAUGAGUCUACAGCGGAUCGAAUAGUGCCCUGGACUGAUCCCUAUACUGGACGAAGCCACUUGAUCAACUCGCGAACUGGCCAAUCAGUCAGCGGGGCUUCACACAUUGUUACCAAUCUGGCAGACCAAAGACCUCGAUCAACAGGGUUUCUCCAGACUGCGCGGACCUUGAGGCUUGGAGAUCGUCCAAGGUCAGCGGUGUCUGCUCAAAAUACAUGGGUUAGCAACCUUUUAAAUCAUUGGGAAAAUCCCACUUUUCGUCGCUCCGAGCAGCCCAUACAUGCAAUUGAUGCAGGCCACAACAGUGUGCCCGACACCAUAGAAACCAGGACCCGCGACGUAUCAGGUGAGCUGUGCGGCUUUGAAACCGCUAGAAUAUCGAAGUUUCGGGGCAAACUGCUCAAGCAAGACCUUGAAAAUACAGAAGUCAUUGCCCAGGUCGAACAAAAGUUUAUCUUGGUCAAACUAAAAACCACCCCUGUCCACGAAGCCAGCGAGGCCCUCGCAACUACAUUGGUUCUUAUCGAUCAGCAUGCGGCAGAUGAGCGCUGCCGUGUUGAGGCCCUCUUCGAGGAAUUGUUCGUACCUUCACCGGGUGAUUCCAGGCGUAUCCAAUCUGUCCCAUUGGAUCCAUUGGUUUUUGAGAUACCUUCUGUAGAACAGACCCUUUUUGGACGGCACCGGGACUUUUUUGGAUCCUGGGGUAUUGACUACACCGUUGAGCAGAAACCUGGGGAGAGAUCCGCCUUUAUCUUCGUGCACAGAGUUCCUUUGCUCAUCGCCGAACGAUGCCGGAUGGAGCCAAAUUUGGUAAUUGAACUGAUUCGCGGCGAGCUUUGGAGCCGCGAGGAAACGGGGAGGCGGCCGGAUCGCACAGACGAAGACCAGGGAUGGGUAGGCCGGCUCAAGGGAUGCCCACAGGGGCUGAUCGACCUGCUGAAUUCUCGCGCCUGUCGAACGGCGAUCAUGUUCAACGACGAGCUCACGGUCGAGGAAUGCCAGCAUCUAGUGAGCCGGUUGGCGCAAUGCGUGUUUCCAUUCCAGUGUGCACACGGACGACCAUCGAUGAUUCCCAUUGUUGAUGUGGUUGGUAAAUUGGAUGGUGAUGAGGAGCACGGAGAAGAUCCAAGUGAAGACGGAUUCAUGGGAGCGUUCCAAAAUUGGGAGCCUGGCUUCUAAACCAGCCUUCUCGGGAAAGGAGCAUACCAAACAGCCCUACGAAGUCGGGAAUAUCCAAG